UCGCCUCCGCCCGCCCGCCGCGGAGAAGAUGGCGGCGCUGUGAGUGGCGAGGUGCUGCCCAGCGUCCAUCCGCCAUGAGGAACCUGCGGCUGCUGCGGGCCGGCUGGCACCGCUCCACCGCCGCCUUGGGCACCCCGCAGUGCUUCUGCCUCAGCGCCGAGCCUGGCACGGUCCUCGUGGGCUCCCAGCACGGCCUUCUGGAGCUGGGCUCCACCGGAGACUCGGUGACGAGAGAAGUUUCCUUGACUGCAGAGGGUUUCAUGCCCGAGGAUGGAAGUGGCUGCAUUGUGGGUAUUGAAGAUCUUCCAGAGCAGGAGUCUGUCUGUGUUGCUACAGCAGCUGGAGACAUCCUACUGUGCAAUCUCAGCACGAAGCAGGUGGAAUGUGUUGGAAGUGUAGACAGCGGUCUGAGUACCAUGAGCUGGAGUCCUGACCAAGAGCUUGUUUUGCUUGCAACAGGUCAGCAAACACUCAUCAUGAUGACAAGGGAUUUUGAACCAAUUACCGAGAAGCAAAUCCACCAGGAUGAGUUUGGGGAAGGAAAGUUUGUUGCUCUUGGCUGGGGUAAAAAGGAGACACAGUUCCAUGGAUCAGAGGGAAAACAGGCAGCACAUCGCAAACAGACGGAAGUGUCACCUACUUCAGCCUGGGAUGACAGCAGGCCUCGGGUGACAUGGAGAGGAGAUGGGCAGUUUGUUGCAGUGAGUGCUGUCUGUCCAGAAACAGGUGCUCGGAAGGUCCGAGUAUGGAACAGAGAACUUGUGCUGCAGUCAACAAGUGAGCCUAUUGCAGGAUUAGAACAAGCACUGUCCUGGAAGCCCUCUGGAAACCUGAUUGCAUCCACACAAGAAAAACCCAACAGAUAUGAUGUGGUUUUCUUGGAGAAGAAUGGACUUCUUCAUGGGGAGUUCACCCUCCCAUUCCAGAAGGGGCAGGUCAAAGUUAACGAACUGCUUUGGAAUGCAGAUUCUACAAUCCUGGCUAUAUGGCUGGAAGACCUGAAGGUGGAAAACUCCAACCCAAACAGUUAUGUUCAGCUGUGGACCACAGGGAACUAUCACUGGUACCUCAAGCAAAGUCUACAUUUUGGUAGCUUGGAGCAAAAUCGGUUGGUGUCGCUGCUGUGGGACCGAGAGAACCCAUAUAGACUGCACAUACUCUGCCAGGGUUGUCAUUACCUCUCCUAUGUCUGGCAUUGGACCACAGACCAUGGGAUGGGGGAGAAUAGUCAACAUGUGGCAAAUGUGGCUGUCAUAGAUGGAGAUAAGGUGCUUGUCACAGCAUUCCAGCAUGCUGUGGUGCCUCCACCCAUGUGUACCUAUGAGAUCCAGCUCCCACAGCCAGUUAAUCAGGUUGCGUUUCACACAGAUCCCAAACAUAGUGGAGACAUGGCUAUCUUGGAUGCUGAUAACAAGAUCUCUGUGUACAGAUAUGGACAGAGCACAGUGAACGACCCCACUGUCAGGUUUGGAGCUUUGGGUGGAAAUGGUUUUAAAGCAGCUGUGGAAAUACCAUACCUGGAUAAAACCUACAGAGUUGAUGUGAGCAGCGACAACAACCAAGUGAUGAAUCCUCUGGGGCUCCGAUUUCUCACCUGGCUGCCAGAUGACAGCUUCCUGGUGGUUGGUCAGGGUCAGCAUGCUGCUCAGUCUGUCCUUCACCAUCUGACUGCAGUGCCUCAUGUGGGUGGAGCUGAAGAAGAGCGCCUGAAUUUACGGUUGUCUGUGCCUGUCGAUGGAGAAGUGAUCAGCCUGUGCUGCAGCCCAGUGACCAAAACUGUAGCUUUGCAGCUGGCUCAUAGACAGAUCCUGAAAUACCUCUGGGAGGCUUCUACUCCGGUCCUUGAGCCCUGGAAGACUAGCAGUGGCACUGCUCUUCAGUUCCCCUACCCUUGUGUGCAGACUUCCAUCACGAGGAUCAGUGGUGAAGAGAUGAUCUUGGGCCUCACAGAUCGAUGCCGGUUUUUUGUUAAUGAUAUUGAGGUUGCUUCCAACAUCACCUCAUUUGCAACAUACAAUGAGUUUUUGUUGGUGACAACAAACUCCCACACCUGCCAGUGCUUCUGCUUGAAGAACAUAUCAGUGAAAGCCCUUCAGGCUGGCCUGAGCAGUGCCGCUGCACCCAAUAGUGAGACCCUGCGCAAGGUGGAGCGAGGUUCACGUAUCAUCACCGUUGUGCCCCAGGACACAAAGGUUGUGCUGCAGAUGCCAAGAGGAAAUCUGGAGACUGUUCACCACCGAGCUCUGGUUCUUGCCCAGGUUCGGAAGUGGCUAGACAGGCUUAUGUUCAGGGAGGCAUUUCAGUGUAUGAGGAAGCUGCGAAUCAAUCUCAAUCUUCUCUAUGACUAUAAUCCCAAGGCAUUUGUGGAAAACGCAGAAACCUUUAUCAGGCAAAUAGAUUCUGUGAACUAUAUCAACUUGUUUUUCACAGAACUGAAAGAAGAAGAUUUCACAAGGAGUAUGUACCCAUCUCUGAAUGGUAGCAGUAAUGCUCAACCACGCCAGCAUCCUGAUCAGAAAAAAGUAAACCUCAUAUGCGAUGUGAUGAGAGUUGCCAUGGAACAUAUUGACCCACAAAAAUAUUGCCUAUCGAUUCUGACAGCACAUGUAAAGAAAAGCCCUCCAGAACUGGAAAUUGCUCUCCAGAAGGUUCAUGAUCUUCGAGAAAGCAUUACUCCAGAUGCCAAAGCAGUGAGUGCAGAAGAAGCACUGAAGUACUUGCUUUUCCUUGUGGAUGUCAAUGAACUGUAUGAUUAUUCCUUGGGGACAUAUGACUUUGAUUUAGUCAUCAUGGUGGCAGAAAAGUCUCAAAAGGACCCAAAAGAAUACUUGCCCUUCUUAAAUACUCUCCGGAAAAUGGAAACCAAUUAUCAGCGAUAUACAAUAGACAAACACUUGAAGAGAUACACAAAAGCUCUUGGGCACCUCAGCAAAUGUGGUCCUGAACACUUCUCUGAAUUUCUGAACUUGGUGAAGGAUCAGAACCAGUAUUGUGAAGCCUUGAAGCUGUACCCCUCCAGCACUCAGGAGUAUAAGGAUAUCAGCGAUGCAUAUGGGGAGUACUUGAUUCAGAAGCAGCUAUAUGAACAGGCUGCAUUGAUAUUUGCUCGUGCUGGCAUCUUGGCAAAAGCGCUUGAUGCUUUUCAGAACAGUGGCAGCUGGCAGCAAGCCCUGUGUAUGGCAUCACAGCUUGGUUACACAAAGGACAAGCUGUCCAGCCUGGCACGGAGCAUGGCAGGAAAACUAGUUGAACAGAGAAAGCAUGCAGAGGCAGCCAUACUCCUGGAGCAGUACGCUCAGGACUGUGAAGAGGCUGUUCUCCUGCUCUUAGAAGGGGCUGUCUGGGAAGAGGCUUUAAGACUGAUUCACAAGUAUGGUAGACUGGAUAUCUUGGAGACCAACUUCAAACCUGCUAUUCUGGAAGCUCAGAAGAGUCAGCUGAUCUUCUUAGAUUCUCAGAGGACAGCGUUUCUUCGCCAUAAGAGUCGCCUGCAAGUGGUCCGAGAGCUGAAGGAGAAGGCUUGUGAGAGCCUGCAGGAUUAUGAAAUGCCAAAUUGCCCAGAAUUGGAUCUUUUCUCUGAAACCAGUAGUGUUGUGACAGCCAGCGACAUGAACAGCAAAUAUUCACACAGCAAUUCAAGAAUAUCAGCCCGAUCCUCAAAGAACCGGCGCAAGGCUGAGCGCAAGAGAUACAGCUUGAAGGAGGGGAGUCCUUUUGAAGAUAUUGCCCUUCUGGAAGUCCUGGGAGAAAAUGUUCGUGCUGUUGAGACUGUGAAGGGAGACAUGCACAUCCUUCUGAAACAGCUUGUGCUGUUUGGUUAUGAUGAGCAAGCUGGGGCACUGCAGCAAGUCCUGGAAGAGGUUUUGCAGUUGAUGGAGACCUCGAUCCCAGAAAUUUGGACUCCAGACCUGCAGCAGAGCUCUGUCAACCUGGUCCUGGGACCCAAUUCAACUGCAAACAGCAUUAUGGCUGCCUAUCAGCAGAAGAGGAUGAUGACUCCUGUUGUACAAGAUCCAGAAUUACUUAUUCCACCAAAACUCAAUAAAAAUCUACAGUGGAAACUGCAUCUUCUCCAAUAACUAAAAGGCAAAGAAUCCCAGUGGACCCUGAACUGUUAACUUUUCAUAUCAUUUCAUUAUAUCUCUACAGAAACCAUUGUUUCCUGGUGUUUCUGAUGCACUGUUCUUAGGGCUGUGCCAGGUGAAGGGUCCCUCCAUCUGAUGCAGCGGUGACUGUGACCUGUAUGGCAACACGCUAAUGGGGGACAGACACUCCCAUCCCACUGCAGAGAGGGUUUGUGAGCUUGGAGUAACAGGGUGCACAGGUCUGGAUUCUGCUGGUUGUCUCCAACAUCUCCCACCACUGUUCUCUCCCUUCCGGACGAAGCAACCCCACCAGUGCUGGACAGGCUAUUUGCUUUGCCAUCACUCCCUCCUGUAGAUGCUACCUUCUUUGAUGACAGGUCACAUUUUAAGCUGUUCAGCCUGUUUUAGAGAUCUCACCAGUAAGUCUGUACCAAUAGCAAAUUGCUGUAGUUGCUAAACAAGUGAGUUAUGUUUUCUCUGUUGAAGCUGGA